GUGCAACGUGUGUGUCGCCCUCUUCCGACUGCAGUGCCUCCUGGUGUCGGACGAGAGACCAGCUGGUGCUGGUCCAAUUGGCCACAGGGCCGUCAGAGGAGGAGCUGGUGCGAAGGCACUUGCCAGAGCAAAGGCUGGUGUGAGGAGGCCCGCAAGUGCUGCGGAGGAGACACCGGGAGUCGAAGGAGACUCCGAGAUUUUUCAACGCGGAGAGGCAGUAGAGGCCUAUAAACUGCCGUUGGAAACAUGGAAGACUGGGACGCAUAUCGCCAUCACGAAGGGCAUUUACUGGGAGGAGGAGGUUCAGGUAGCGGGCCGAGUAGAAGGGCUAGCUACAAAGAAGGACCAGGUCACCUUGAGUUUCAGACUGGAAGGUACCAAGAACGAGAGCUUGGUGAAGUGGUCUGGAAGCCAUCCUGGAGUAGCCUUGGAGGUGGACAUCUGCCAACCGGGUUGCAGUCUGACUUCAAAAGACGGGCUGCUUCAUUGCCAGGUGGUGCAGAAGGUGCUGGAUUCUACAAGGGCAGCUUGGAUGAACAAUCUGGUGGCUGCAGAAACUCCGAUGGGAGCCGAGGACGAGUUGCGGAGGCUCCGGUUGCGAGAAAAAGAGCUUGCCAAGCGGAAGAGGACAGAGGACGACAAAGGAGUUGGGGAGCCUCAAGAGGACACCUUGUCCGGUGCGGAGGAGAAUCAGGAGAAGAGCAAGGCGCCUUACAAAGAGGAGAAGCAAGAAGGAGUCAACGGGCUCGUCAGGGAGCUCGUCGGUGACAUCAGAUACCGGCAGCUCCGAGGCCGACGGCGCUCGGCUAUUCGGAGAAGAAGUUCGAGUAAAAAAGAUAUGGAGGAAGAGCCCGCGGGGGCGUUGACGUUGAAUACAUUGGAGCAGAUGCAGCUGGCGGUGGUCACCACGUCCGGCCAGAUGUGGGACCUGGUGGCAGCUGCGUGCGACGUGGUGACCCAGAGGCUCAAAGGUCUGGAACAGAUCUCAGCUGGAGGACACUACAGCAUCGCCCAGAGGCAGGAGUUGGUGCCGCUGGACUUCCAUCAGAUGACAACAGCAACAGAAGCACUGGAGGCCAGCAGGAUUCAGCGCGAGGAGUUGAAGGCAAAGAGCCUUUCAAGCCGUCUUAUGGGGCGGAAUGGAGGGGAGUCUGCUGGCUCCGGUAUGCGUGAAGGGGAGCUGGUUGGCUCCGGAGGCGAUGGUUGGGAGUUGGAAGACUCCGGAGAGGCACAGCAAUGGAGUGUGAAGUUUUUCCUUUACCUGAAAACCUUACGGUUCUUUCUUCACAGGUUAAUCAUGAACUUGGUGCCCGUCAACAAAUUGUGUCGCAACCUGGGUGGUGAUAUCUCUACACCUCCGUCAUGGGCUGGUAUGACACCGUACCUGCUGGCGGACGAGCAGGAGUUAGUGAUGUCCUCGGAAGACAUUAGAUGCUUUUUCUAUUUGUUUGAGGACAAGCCUUUCACAGUGGCACAGUGGGUCUACAGGAUCUACUUGGACAACUUUGACGCGCUUGAGCAAAUGGAUCCCUUGAUGGCUGCGAGGGUGCGUGGGGAGGUGUCGGUUGAAGUGUUGGCCCUCCGGGGAGUUGGUUGGGAGUUCUACAGGGUGAUAACCUUGGACUCCGUGGCGCAGUUUCACUAUUCUGAAAGGUGGAUCUCUUCACGGAGGGCCACGUCGGUCAGCGACUCCAGCAGCGAGAUCAUCGGCAACUCCCUUGCUCCAGGCCUCAACGCACUUACCGUGCAAGGCAAAGUGACUCUUCAUCGCUUGCACAUCGGCAGCAAGAUCAGCUUGAUUUCAAAGCAGAUGAUCCGAUACGAGGCCAACGAUUGUCGGUUCGUUCGUUUGGCACGGAAGGCAGAAAGGCCGCGAGCGGAGCCAGGAAAUCGCCCUGCAGGACUGUGGCAAUGUCAAAGUUGGGAGUUAGAAAGGUGGAAGCAAGAUGACCACCGAUACCCUCCUUAUGUCUACCGCGACAAGCAUUGCCUCGUCAACAGUGUGGGAGACAGGCGUCUCCCUAACAUUGCGGGGAAGGAAGCAGCAAUGGGGUUCCCAGUCGGGUAUACAGCUCCUUGCCUUCCAAAAAGCGAACAAAAGGAAACUGACUAUAGUGAUGUACGCCAUACUCUCAUUGGCAACUCAUGGCAUGUGCCCGUUGUUGCUUGGUUGCUGAAGGAGUUGUUUGCACCACUGGGGCUUACAAAGCUGCGUGCAGUACACGAUGUGGUGUUGGGAUCCUCCCCGGGCGCCGACCAGACCCUGCAGGGAUACCUCCGACGGUUGCCCUUGCGCCCUGUGCGCAACAAGGAAGCGGAGGCUCCGGAAUGCCAGCUUGGCAAGAAACUCAUCAACUUUGUGGCAGUCAAGGGCGAAGAUCUGCUCCUCCAGGUUACGAAGUUCGGUUCCAAGCCGUUGGUGGCGAUGGAGAACCAUUUGGUGGUAAACGCCGAGGGGGUCAGGGGGACGUGGAAAGAGACGUG